AUGAAGACGGAACACUUUGCUUACUGCCUGGCGAAGCUGGAUGCUGUACGCCUGCGCGAUUCUUCAAAGUCUUUGUUUGCCCGUGUAGCCUCUGCUCGAAAGAACAAAAGGAAACGCACCAACACUCAACCUGAGUCUCUGGACUCUUCCAAGCUGGAAUAUUCACGAUUAAAGGCCCUGCAGACAAUCUUUGCAACUAUAAAUAAUGAUGUGCCCCGAUUGCAGGCCGAAACUACUCCACAGGCCCCAUUGGCGUCAGUAACAGCAACCCCACUCAGUUCUCCUGUUAAACCCGCUUUGGAGACUAAUCGAACUCCAUUGUCUUCAGCCGUCUCCCGCCUUCGUAGUACAUCUAAGCGCAAAUCAGUAUUGGGUGGUGCCAGCCUCCGAAAGACACCCGCUUCCAGAGUAACGCCUUCAGACUGCAAUCAUGAUCUAGUGUUCCCUAUAAACAGCCACAUCUUUGCUUGCCUGUCAUCCGAGACCAGAUUCUCCAACCAACCCUCUGGAGAAGCCGACAAUGAGUCAUUUUCAUCAGACAACGAUGAAGAAGAGGAGUGUCCUACUCGACCAAAUUCCCCAAUCCUGCUCCUCUCCGAUGAAGAAAUGGGUACUGAUGCUAAUACCAGUUGUGACAAGAGCUUCUCGAAAAAGCCCUUGCCCUCACCCAAAACUAAUACCAACUUAUCGGAUAAUGUCAAUACUGUUCGAAGCCAGAACUCAGCCUGUGUGCUGGAGGCGUUGGCAUGUCUGACGAAGCUCUUUGCAGAAGUCAACCGUCAUCAUCGCACCGUAGCACCCGCCCCCACGAGUAGGAGCUGUGGUGAACGAGAACAUCCACUCUCACCAUCCGCCUCAGUAGCAGCUAGCGUGGAUACCAUAUUCCACUCUCUCACUGUCUACAAGCAGUCCUCGGCCAUCCAACUUCAGGGCGUUCUUUGUCUCGUCGAGGUUGCCUCCCUCUACCCGGUAGGUUGUUUUGCACCAGCUAGCCCACUGUCCAUUUUCCCGCGUGCCUCUUGCUUCACCUAA